AUGCCAUACAAUACUCGUCGAAAGUCGCUCUCUCUGCCGUCGCUCGGAAUUCACUUGCCACACAGCUCGCGAUCGCAACAGGCGCCUCCCGCUUCAGCGAAGGCCGAACACUCUCCUCAUAAAAGAACAAAACGAGAUUAUUCCCCCACAAUAACUGUGGCGCACAAGCAUGGCCGCUACGACCCCACCCCGCCGCCGUCCCCGCCGCCAGAGAGUAAAAUAAAUCAUGCCGACAUCAACGAUGAGAUUGUGUCUGGAGUCGCAAAGGUUUUGGAGCAAACCGGAAACCGACCGCACACCGUGAAGGAAUUGGCCAUUUCGCUGGCCCCGAUCGUCAACCUUGUUGAAAAUUCGGCCAAUCCCACCGCAAUCAUCUCGUCGCGCCUCAACGCAUACCUGAAACGAGGGUUCACUCCGUCGUCGCCAUGCCUACUGAAGAAGGAAUUGAUUACCACCCAUCCUCGGCGCAUCUACUUCUACCUCACCAUGUGCCCCCAUCAACCGAUCCCUCAGCACGAGAACGACUUGCCUUCCAGCCGCCGUAGCGUGGUCUCGCCAGCCCUCUCGGAUGAGGAAGAAGAGGAAAUGCGCAGACGGUCGGAAUUGUCGCCCAGUCCCGAGGUCGACCUCUCAUCGCACGAACUCGACGACGGCGACUCCACCGACACCGGCAGCCUCGCAUCCACGUCCGCCAGCAUGAUUUCUGGCCAGAGGAAUCAGGCGUCUUCCUCGCUCAGCCACAAGAAUCACCUCGCCUCCCCACCACUGGAAGGCGACGAGCGCGAGUUCAGUCAAUCGGCCAUCUUCAUUGAGCGCCGAUCGACAUCGCGCGACAACGACAGCAGUAGGCACGCUUCCAAGCGCACCAGAGAGGAAUUCGAAUCAGAAGUUGUCGCACAAGACGAGCGCACCUACGAGGAGGCCACCGCAACGUUACUUGGCUACCCGACCUCCAACAGCGAGGGCGCAUUCAACAGCCCCGCACUUGCACCCACCAACGAGGACUCCAGCAAGCGUGAGGAUGUCGAGAAGACUCCUAGCAAGAUUCCUCAUCACCCCCACCACCACAUGAUGUCUUCUUUCUCGGAGAAAGUCGAUCUUUACAGCUGGAGCGGAGAGUUAGAAAGACACCUUGGAAGUCCCGAGAGCGUAGAGCUCGACGAACUGGAUGAUAUGUUGGACUUUUGA